GAUAAAGAGUUGAUCUUUAUAAAAGCAUCUCCAAGUGUCUGCUGAUUGUGUCCAAACAUGGAGAUGUGUCUGGUAUUCCUGCUUCUCGUAGCCGCUGCUGCAGCUGCACCCUCGUCCGAACAUGGGGUUCCAGUAACCCCUGCUGAAAGAGAAAGAGCUCGACUAGCUUUGCAAAACAAUGGCCUCUACCAAGGAGAUAUCAAAGGAUAUGAUCCUACAGACAGAAAUGCAGUAGCUGACGAACGACUUAGAUGGAAGGGAGCCAGAGUUCCUUAUUACAUUGAUAGCUCCCUCACGAAACACACCAAGUUGAUUGAAGCAGCUAUGGACAAUUAUCACAAACUCACUUGCGUCAAGUUUGUGAAGAGGAACGGCGACGAAAAAGCUCUCAAAAUCUUUUCUGGACAAGGGUGCUGGGCAACUUUGGGCUACCAGAGUUAUUGGCAACAAGAGAUGUCUUUGGGACCUGACUGUCUCUAUAUUGGUACGAUCAUCCACGAACUUGGACACACUCUAGGAUUCAACCACGAGCAGACGCGGUCCGACAGAGAUAAGUACGUCAAAAUCUACUGGGACAACAUCGAGCACGGAAUGGACAGUGAAUUUAUCAAAGCAAAACCGGAAGAGGAAAUCCUCUACAACAAUUUUGACUACGGUUCCAUUAUGAUCUACGGCAACUACGCUUUCUCCAAGGAUUGGGGCAAACUGAAGACCAUGGAAGCCACGAACUCACAGCCGCUGUUGGAUCCCUAUGACAAGACAACGAUGACGUCCAGCGACGCCGUCAGAGUGAACAAGAUGUAUAAUUGCAACAUGUGAUUCCCCUUUUUCAUUGUCGUAGAAAUGUGAAUAAAAUAGUUUUGUACUUUU